UGCAGCCCUUGGCGGCGCCCACCCGCGCUACAUAAGGUGACACCACCACCCCGCACCCCCACCGGGCGUCACAGCCACACUCGCGCAGAGCCAGCAGCCACCGCUCGAGCACCCGCAGGGCCGCGCGCGCGUGGGAGCAGAAGCCAUGGGCGAGGAGGCCAAGAAGGAGGAGUCGGAGAAGCCCAAGGAGGCGGCGCCGGCAGAGGAGAAGCCCAAGGACGCGCCGCCGGCGGAGGAGAAGCCCAAGGAAGGCGCCGGGGAGGAGAAGCCCAAGGAGGGCGCCGGGGAGGAGAAGAAGGAGGAGGCGCCGCCGCCGCCGCCACCGCCGCCGGAGGAGGUCGAGAUGCGGGUCUACAUGCACUGCGAGGGGUGCGCCAGGAAGGUCAAGAAGAUCCUCAGGCGCUUCGACGGAGUGGAGGAUGUGAUUGCUGACUCAAAGGCACACAAGGUGGUGGUGAAGGGGAAGAAGGCAGCCGCCGACCCGAUGAAAGUGGUGGAGCGUGUUCAGAAGAAGACCGGACGCAAGGUGGAGCUCCUCUCACCGAUUCCGCCUCCGCCGGAGGAGAAGAAGGAAGAGGAGAAGAAGGAGCCUGAGCCGCCCAAGCCGGAGGAAAAGAAGGAGCCGCCGGUGAUCGCCGUGGUACUGAAGGUACAUAUGCACUGCGAAGCCUGCGCUGAGGGGAUCAGGAAGAGGAUCCUCAAGAUGAAAGGGGUGCAAUCUGCAGAGCCAGACCUGAAGGCAUCGGAGGUGACAGUGAAGGGUGUGUUCGAGGAGGCCAAGUUGGCUGAGUACGUGUACAAGCGCAGCGGUAAGCAUGCUGCCAUCAUCAAGUCUGAGCCUGUGCCUCCGGCGGAGAGCGCAGGGGGUGAUGACAAGGCCAAGGAGGAGAAGGCGGCAGAAGGUGGCAGCGAGGAGAAGAAGGAGGGCAGCAAGGAGGAGAAGAAGGACGGCAAAGAAGGUGGCGGUGAGGAGAAGAAGGAGGAGAAGAAGGAGAAGGAGGGUGGUGAUGCUGCUGCCGGCGAUGAGAAGGAUAAGGCAGACAAGGAAAAAGACUCAGCCGCCAUUGCUGCGGCCAACCUGUACAUGCACUACCCGCGGUUCGCAUUCCCUGGUGGGUACUACCCGCCGCCCCCGCUACCGCCGCCCGGGUAUGUCUACCAGCCAGCCUACCCGCCGCCACCAGCGUAUGCGCCGCACCACCAGGCAAUGGCUCCGCAGAUCUUCAGUGAUGAGAACCCGAAUGCGUGCUACAUCAUGUAAAAAGGUAGAACCGUGGGGUCUAGAGCAAAAAGAAAAUAAGAAGCAGGGGACGGAAAGAGAGAGCUGCAUAAUUUGGAGGUUGUGUUUGCAAAAAAUGCCCUUGAGCAAAGCAUAGGGCAACUUGAAGAAAAGUACCAGGCUUUUUGAGGGGUUAGAUUUCCAUUUCUUUUUUCUCUUCUUUUCUUUUUGUAAUUUUAACCCUUUUUCACCUUUCUGGUAUAAAGUGGGUCUGGUCAGUUUAUGGAUGCUAUCUUUAUGUAGAAUUUUGCCUUGUACUGCCUCAGCUUCAGACUUCCUAUAAAAACUGUAUUAUACUAUAACCAUCUACCUUGGUUCCCUCUUUCUAGUCUUCA